AUGACAUCGGCUCGGUCUUCACAAGCCUCUUCAGGCUCCAAGAGUCAGAGGUCAGGAGCCUCCGACGCCUCCAAGGCUUCCAAGGAGGGUCAGCCAAAGAAUCUUCCCGAAGAGGCGCUGGGCUCGGGUAUUGGCAGCGAGACGUCAAAGACUUCGAAAACAUCAAAGACUUCAAAGACCUCCAAGACUUCUAGGACGUCACAGACUUCACAGACCUUGCGCAGCCCAGAAGCCGCGGAAGGGCCUAGUGCCCCUCCUGUGGACACCUGGCAGUCCAAAGAGGAUGCAAAGGCAGCCGACUUGGCAGCAGUGGUCGCUGACGACACCGGUGCAGAGUCAAGAGAGGAUGCAGAGGCUGUGGAAAUGGAGCUGCAAGGUGGGGAGGAGGUGACAGAACAUCCUCUAGAUGAGGUCGAGGAAGAGGAGGAUGCAGCGACCUCGCUUCCUGGACAGGUCCAUGCUGAAGAAGACGAGACACUGUGGUGA